GCGAUUCAUUUCUGAGCUCGUCUUCGACGGCGUCGUUAGUUGCAAGAGAAGGAAAAUCCAAGAAUUCUCCACUGCACCACUCCUGAAAUUUAUAGAUUGACUUUUAGAAGCACGGAAGCGCUCCCUAGGCGACGAUGUUAAGGGACAGGGGUGGAGUGGAGGGUAUGGUGCGAGUGAGUGGCAGGUCAUUUGGUAGAUUUUAACUGAGGCAUGGCAGGGUCGGUGGCAAGGUGCCGAGAUGCGGUAGGAAUGGAAAGACGAUCUGCCCGCCCCUUACUGCCGGCGCUUUCAACACAUCAGGUGCACAUGUUGGAACGUGCCCGAGGAAUUACAUUUGCAAUCUCUGACCAGCUUUAGGGGAAACAAGUUACUUCCAAAUGAAUAGGGAGUCGGUGUAAGUCUGACCGUAGCUUCGUGGCUGAUAUGGCCGCAAUGUGUUCCUUCAGGACCCUGUUGUUAAGCUGUGCGAUUUGCAUUUUUCUGCUUGGGAUAAUACAUUUUGAAUACUCAUUCGAUUACAGGUAUAUGGGCCGGCUGUCUAAACUGAAAUUUAGCAACGUGUUCAGUCCAAUUUUACAAGUCAAUGACAGUGAAGAGAAGAGUCAAAAUGAGAGUGACAGGGAUGACGGAGAGUGUGAAAUGUGUACUUCCAGUCAGCAGCUGAACUUCUGGUCUGCUGAGGAAUGGAAUUCUACAGACUGUGAGAAGACUUACAAGUGGAUUGCAACUUCUCCCGUUCAAUGGCAGACGGAAGAUGAUAUUAUCAAAAUGGCUUCACAGAUUCAGCACUGUCCAUGGCACCACCAGGGAGCAGCGGCCACAGAAUUCAGACUGGAGCUCAAGAGGUGCUGCCAUGCUGCAUACAAUUGCCUGGUCACGCAGAAGAAUACGCCUGUCGGGACAGAGUUAACUUAUGAGGCAGAACCCAAGAAGAAGAUAAAAAUCCAUCACCAGAUCUUUGCUAUUUUUCCUAAGGACUCGUCGCUCAGAAGUCAACAGUACAAGCGAUGUGCAGUUGUUGGAAAUAGUGGGAUAUUAACCAACAGUAGUUGUGGGGCUGAAAUUAACAAAGCUGACUUUGUGUUCCGGUGUAACCUCCCUCCCAUGGGUGGAGUUUUCCCCCAAGAUAUCGGAACGAAAACCAAUUUGGUGACGGCAAACCCAAGCAUCAUUACAGAGAGGUAUGGAGAACUGCAAGAUAGGAGGAGGCCGUUUUUCACGAACUUGACCAUCUAUAAUGACGCUCUCCUUCUCUUGCCUGCCUUCUCCUACACCAAGAACACAAUUCUCUCCUUCAGGGCUCUUUACACUCUCCAGGAUUUUCAGGCCAAACAGGAAGUGGUAUUCUUCAAUCCUGUGUACCUAAAACAUCUGAGUGAAUUCUGGCGUUCUAAGGGUGUAAGAGCAAACCGUCUCUCCACUGGCAUAAUGGUCACAAGCAUGGCACUAGAGCUUUGUAAACAAGUGCUGAUUUAUGGGUUUUGGCCCUUUAAGGAAAACGUAGAUGGGCAGGCUGUCUCACAUCACUACUUUGACAAUCAGCUCCCCAAGCCUGAUAUUCACUCCAUGCCAUUAGAGUAUCAACAGCUUCUGCAGAUGCACAGUAAAGGAAUUGUCAAACUUCAAAUGGCUCCAUGCCAGAUAGAUCCAUAAGAAAUUUA